ACUGUUGACCAUAAAAUGGACAGAAAGUUACCUCAUUGUUUCACCAACUAACAUCUAGCAUGUUGAAUUCUAUAUUUUGAAAAUCUCCAAUAUGUAUCUAACAACCUUUACUCACAAAUCAAACACACACACUACAAGUGACUCACCUACCUACCUUUCAUAUUUGAGAUCAUGCAUUCAACAAACCUUUUUUCUCUAUGCUUAAUAUUGUAACAUCCAUGUGCCCUUCUACUAAAGAUUUGAGUUUUUACCUCUUUAGUUAUGCCAUACAUGACGCUAACUCGAGGACUCGCUAUUGUAAUUCUCUUGUUUGCUCUCUACUGUGGAUUAGACCCCUUCAAGCAAAGCCCUAUCCAAGGCUUCCCUGAUUUUGAGGUGCACAAAAUUAACUUGCCAUCAUGGUCUGAAGUUCCUCUGGAUCAUGACAAAGACAACUUGUUGCUGAAAUCGGAGCUCAUGUUUGUGAACCAAGUGCAGGGACCGGAGAGCAUUGCCUUCGAUUCUCAUGGUCGUGGCCCUUACACCGGUGUUGCUGAUGGAAGGAUUUUGUUUUGGAAUGGACUGUCUUGGAUUGAUUUUGCAUAUACCUCACCCAACAGGUCAGAACUAUGCAAUCUAAAGGCAUCUGCAACACCACUUAGUUAUGUUGAAACUGAGGACAUCUGUGGAAGGCCUUUGGGACUCAGAUUUGACAAGAAAACUGGUGAUUUAUACAUAGCAGAUGCAUAUUUCGGGCUUAUGAAGGUGGGGCCUCAAGGUGGUUUCGCAACAUCUCUUGCAACCGAAGCAGAAGGAGUACCAUUUAGAUUUACUAAUGAUGUAGACAUUGAUACAGAAGGGAACGUUUACUUCACCGAUAGCAGCACUAAAUAUCAGAGAAGGAAUUUCAUUCAGCUGAUACUUUCUGGUGACAAUAGUGGGAGGGUUUUGAAAUACAAUUCUGCCACCAAGGAAACCACCGUUCUUGUUAGAAACAUUCAAUUUCCAAAUGGGAUUUCCUUAAGCAAGGAUGGUUCCUUCUUUGUAUUUUCAGAAGGAGUAAUUGGAAGGUUAUGCAAGUAUUGGCUAAAAGGAGAUAAAGCUGGAACUUUAGAAAUCUUAGCAAUCCUACCUGGUUUUGCCGACAAUGUGAGAGUCAACGAAAAUGGUGACUUUUGGGUGGCUAUCCAUUGUAGAAGGUAUAUGUACAGUUACAUAAAUGCUCUCUACCCAAAGAUUAGAAAAGCCAUACUCAAGCUACCUAUCCCAACAAGGAUUCAAUACCUGCUACAUAUUGGAGGCAAAAUGCAUGCAGCCGUCGUUAAGUAUAGCCCUGACGGUAAACUUCUGCAAAUAUUGGAGGACAAUGAGGGAAAAGUUGUUAAAGCAGUGAGUGAAGUGGAGGAGAAGGAUGGUAAACUCUGGAUAGGAAGUGUUUUGAUGCCUUUCAUUGCAGUUUAUCAUUUGACAUGAAGCACAAAUAUCUGUACGUAGCAGAAACCAUAAGUUGAUUUUUUUACCACCUCCCUGUAAAGUAGAGACCAUGAAAGUAACAAAAUGAACUAUCAUUCCUUCAUCAAA